AUGGCCGUUGUUGGUUAUUAUGUGCAUACGAAAGGACGUUAUUAUCAAAAAAUAAUGGGUACUUAUAUUGUUGAAUUUGAUUAUAUUGCUAAAUCAUCGGAUGAAUUGACUAUACGAAAAGGAGAUAUUAUAACUGAUGCCAUACCAGCAGAACAAGGAUGGCUAAAAGGAGAAUGUCGUGGUACAUUUGGUCACUUUCCAGAAAAUUUCGUUACUCCAUUAACGAAAGAAAAAGCAAAAAAUCGCACAUUUGCAAAUGAACUUGGUGCACGAUUACAAUCGGCCGUUAAUGGAAAUAAUAUCGGUAAUAAGAGUGGCACAUUACGAAAGCGGCCUACGAAUGAUGAUACCCUUUUUCAAACACAACAAUCGAACAAUUUACCUAAUGGAACCCUGUUUCAAGUUAAAGUUGCCUAUGCUUAUACACCUGUCCACGACGAUGAAUUACCAAUCAAUCCAAAUGACAUCGUUAAUGUUACACGAAUGGUCGAAGAAGGUUGGUACGAAGGAAUUCUGGAUGGCAAACUUGGCCUAUUUCCAUCAAAUUACGUCACGCGUAUUACUGAAGAAAAUAGUAGCAAGAAAGAUCCACCAGUUAAGCGUAAACCAGUGAAUGGUGUCGGAGUAAUGUUUAAUAAAGAUGUUGGUAAAGCAACUUCGCCAACUUCGAUGGAUACACCAUCAUCUCACCCAAAGACUCCACCUUCGCAAGCAUCAAAGAAGACGACACCGAUCAAAGCACGUGUUUUAUUCGAUUAUAAGAAAUCAGCCGAUGAUGAGUUGUCGCUAUCUGUCGGUGAUAUCGUUACUGUAUUAGAGAAACAUCUCGAGGAUGAUGGAUGGUGGAAAGGCGAACUCAACGGUCGCAUCGGUGUAUUUCCAGAUAAUUAUGUCGAAGAACUUCCACCGUCAACAAUGCCAUCAAUAAAUACAAAACACCGUCCAAAUACACCCGAGUCAGGUGGUAGAAACCUUUCACAAACAUUGCCGAAGACCAAAUUAACUAAUGGAGAUUCUUCGCAUGAUUUUUCAAAUGAUUCUCAUCAUGUGAAAGGAACUUCAAUUAGCGACGAAGAAGGAUAUUCAACACGUAAUCAUUAUGCAGAGAUCAAUAAUCUUGAUGCUGUCGGUACGACAGAAAAGUUAGGUGGUUUUAACAAAGCACGGCCAUCAUCGUCCAAGAGACCGCCUUCGUCAACGAUACGAAAAAAUGAAAAUGGCUUCAGUAAAACAAAUGGUUCACAUGAAGAAAUAAAUCACAAUUCUCACCCACAAUUCAAUGACAUUAAGAAUGAAAAUAAAGUUCAUACGCCUUCGCCACCGUCAUCCCAACGAGAACCGGGGCAAUUAGAAUCACCACGCUAUACCAAUCGUCCAUCAUCUCUCCAUUCAACUCUAGCUAAUAACAACCAUCAAGGUAACUCCUCGUUAAAUGGGACCACGGAAAUCGUUCCAACCGUUACGAAGUCAUCGUACGUGAAUUCGAAUCUCUACAAUAGUAAUGGUACAAUUACAGUCGAACAAUUACACAAAGAUUUCCAGAAAAUGAAAGUUUCGUUGGAUGAAAUGAAAAUAAAAUUCACUGAUCAAAUUCGUGACCUCGUUGAUGAACUAGACGAAGAGAAGAAAGCACGUGCAACGCUACAAAUCGAACUUGAACGUCUUCAAAAACAAAUUCAAAAGUCUUCACUUGUUAAUUAA